AUGAGGAUUGACACGCUUGGAGAUAUGCGGCUGUUCGUGACUUCGAGGCUCAGAGAGCUAAAUCGUCUGGAGAGCGACGAAGAUGUCAACGAGAUGUACGAGAAGAUCUUGGGAAAGGCUUCCGGUUCUUUCUUAUGGGCGCGACUCGUGCUUGAAGAGUUAGAGGAUGCCUGGACUAACGAAGCUAUGGAUGAUGUCUUGAGCGAAGUUCCUAUGGGCCUUCAAGGCAUGUAUGGUCGGAUGCUACAGUCCAUGGAGAAUGAUAGACGUAAUUCAAAGCUGGCUCAAUCAAUCUUGACGUGGACUGUUCUGGCGUGUCGACCGCUAACAGUUACCGAGCUGCGCGUUGCUGUGAAGCUUGAUGCCAAUGAGACGGCGCAUAACAUGACUAAGGCAAUUCCAAGAUUAUGUAACCAGCUGUUUCUUCUUGACGAGACUCUUCACUCGGAGUUUGCCAUUUACCGCAUUAAGAAGCACGCCCAUAUUGGCUCUCUGCUGCUUCGAUAUCUCAUGAAUGAUAGUCUCAGCCUGCAAGCACCACCACGACAGCAGAGACGACGGCAGGGUUCGGGGAGGCUUGGUUUCGAAAAGCCAGUAUUUAGCAUUUCCCCUGAGCUGCCCCUGUUAUGCCAAAUUCCGAUCACGGUUACUGGCAUGUCCAUCGCCUAA